CCCGUAUUUCAUAUCUGACAUAUCCACACGCCCUAAACGUGCACUUGAUGUUGGAGCAGCGAUGGACCUGAAGCUCCGCUCCAGUCAUGGGGAAUAAACAGACCAUCUUUACAGCGCAGCAGCUGGACGCAUACCAGGACUGUACCUAUUUUACAAGAAAAGAAAUUCUCAGACUCUUCUACCGUUAUCGGGAUUUGGCACCACAGCUCGUUCCCCUUGACUACACCAACCACCCAGAUGUGAAGUUACCAUAUGAGCUGAUUGGCAGCAUGCCAGAGCUGAAGGACAACCCGUUUCGCCAGAGGAUCGCUGAGGUUUUCUCUGAGGACGGAGAAGGAAACAUGACCCUGGACGACUUCUUAGACAUGUUUUCAGUCCUGAGCGAGAUGGCACCGCGCGACCUCAAGGCCUACUACGCAUUCAAAAUAUAUGAUUUUAACGAUGAUGACUUCAUCUGCAAAUCAGACCUGGAGAAGACGCUGAACAAGCUGACCCGUAACGAGCUGACGGAGGACGAGGUGAGGAUGGUAUGUGAGAAGGUGAUCGAUGAAGCCGACCUGGACAACGACGGGCGUCUGUCCCUCGAGGACUUCCAGCACAUGAUAGUUCGAGCUCCGGACUUCCUCAGCACCUUCCACAUAAGGAUAUAAAGAAAUGAAGCAGUAAGGUAGAUUACAUUAGUUUGAUUUUGAAUCUACAACCAAAGACUGACCUGCGUCGCAGCUGGAAAGCAGAGAAACACUGAACAUAUUUAUGAGAAUUAAUAAAUCACAAAACGGUGACUGGAAAUCAUCAGUGAAGAUGAUGAUGUGACAGUGGGUGAGUCACCAAAAAGAAGCCUCAGCCAACCAUCAAGACAAGCUUCAUUAGCUGGGACCAUCAAGUCCAUGGGUUUUCC